AGUGAGAAAUGAAAAUCAAAGACGAUAACAUGGAUAGUAAUGUUGCUUCUCCUGGAAGUGAUCUCAAACCAAAUUUGAAAGGAGAUUACAAAAAUGUUUUUAUAUUAUCCUCGCUUUACAUACUCCAAGGCGUUCCAAUGGGUUUGACAAACUCCAUGAAAGUUAUGCUGCAAAAUCGAGGAGUUUCUUAUGCAGAUCAAACGAUAUUUUAUACAACAGUUUACCCAUUCAUGUUGAAGGUAUUGUGGGCACCUAUUGUUGAUUGUGUAUUCUCAAAAGCAUUCGGCAGACGAAAGACUUGGCUUUUUCCCACUCAAACUUUAAUUGGAUGCUUAAUGAUUUAUUUAUCUCAAAGUGUUGACAGUUGGUUUGGCGACGAAGCCUCUCAAAAGCCUAAUAUAAUAUUGAUCACAACAGUUUUCUUCUUUCUAUGGAUUUUGACAGCCACACAAGAUAUUGCAGUUGAUGGCUGGGCCUUGACAAUGCUUCAAAAAAGGAAUGUUGGACAUCUUGCAACAAUCAAUUGUGUAGGUCAAAGCUUUGGAGUUCUACUAGGAUUCACAGUUUUUCUAGCAUUGGAAUCAAAAGAUUUCUGUAACAAAUGGAUUUUCAGUGAACCUCGAGAUGAAGGUUUAGUGAAAUUUUCGGGAUUUCUUGCAUUUUGGGGAGUGACGUUUUUAACUGUCACAUUCUUCAUUACAUUUUUUAAGAAAGAAUACUCAGAAAAUAAAGAAGAGUUAAAAGCUCUUCCUGAUUUUGGCAUUAGGAAAGCUUAUCCCCUUUUGUGGAAAAUUAUUCAAAAGAAACCGAUUUUGUUGAUGGCAGCAUUUUUCUCAACUGUUGGAAUCAGCACUGCAGCACGUGACACAAUAACCAACUUAAAAUUGAUUGAUUAUGGAAUACCAAGAGAUAAAAUUGGUUUGCUAAAUAUUCCAUCAUUUGCUGUUCAACUGACUAUACCGAUCUUGCUUUCGAGAUACACAGCGGGAAGAUAUCCAAUGACGGUUUAUUAUAAAGCUUUUCCCUAUCGGGUAAUAAUUUCGGUUAUGACAGUAGCUUUCGUUUAUGCAACACCGAUGAUGAUUGAAGGAAAACUUCACGAUAUUCCUUCCUAUUACUAUGUCACACUCAUGAUUCUUACUUUCUUUUAUCAGAUUACAGUUCGAGCGAUGUAUACUGCAGAUAUGUCUUUUUUCGCUAGAGUGGCCGAUCCAUUAGUUGGUGGAACUUAUAUGACAUUAAUGAAUAUUAGUUACAUUGGUGGAUACAUGUUUGAAACAUUUUCAAUUUGGUUUGUUGAUGUUAUAACAUGGAGAUCAUGUCAUUACUCUGAAGACAUCAGUUUGAACCACACACAAACUCUGUCUAAGAAUACAUGUGCUGAUGAUAAUAUGAAAAGAGAAUGCAUUGAAAAUGGAGGCAAUUGUCAAAUCGACAUUGAUGGAUUUUAUUUGGAAGUUGUUUUUAAUGUUAUUUUUGCAUUCUUUUGGUUCCAAUGGGCAAAACGACUUAUAAAGCGUUUACAGGAACUUCCCAUUCAUGACUGGCAUGUGUUAUCCAAAUAAUGAUGUAAAAGACAUGACUUUAAGUUAAAAUGUGCAGACUAAUUUUUCAAUUAGGUAUAAUAAAUUUCUUUACAAACAGACAUUUGGUGAGUUAUUUUAGCGCACUGUGAACAUCCU